UGUUUAAAGGGACAUCCAAAACAGUGCAGAAUGAACUCCUUGACUGCAUGCUGGCAGUUUUGAGAGAGUCCAUUAUUGAGGAAGUUCAGUGUACAGACUUCAUAUCCAUCCAGGCUGAUGAAACAAUGGACAUCUCCACCCAGUGUCAGCUUGUUCUUGUGAUCCGCUACAUCGACAAAUUGAAUGAAGUGCAGGAGAGAUUUUUUGAGUUUAUAUCUCUGCAAUCUGCCACAGCUGAGUCCAUUGCCACAGCACUUUUGGAGAGGCUGAGCCUCAUUCUCCCUGAUGACCAGAAGAGCAAGCUCAUCUCCCAGGCCUAUGAUGUUGCGAGUGUCAUGAGAGGAGCCACAGGUGGUGUACAGAAGAAAGUGAGCGAUGUGUAUGCGAACGCACACUAUGUCCACUGCUAUGCUCACCAGCUCAACAUUAUCAUGCAGCAGGUGACAUCCUGUAUCCCAAAAGUUGGUCAGUUCUUCUCUGACCUAGCUGGAUUCUCAGGAUUUUCUUCAAGAUCCCCCAAGAGAACCAGUGUGCUUGACAGAGUGGUGGCACACAGGCUUCCAAGAGCAAGCACAGUAAGGUGGAACUUCCACAGCCGUGCUGUCAACACUGUGUUUGAGCACAAAGACGACCUCCUUCAGUGCUUCGAAACCAUCAGGGACUCAGGUGACUUUGAUCCUACCACUGUCCGUGAAGCUGGAGGUUUUGUGAGACUCCUGGAGGAUGCCACCUUCUGCUUCUUCCUGGAGCUUUUCCACCGCAUCAUGCCUCAUGUGGACAUGCUCUACAGCCAACUCCAGAAGAGGUCCAUGGAUUCGGUCUUUGUCCACAGAGUGACGCAGCAUUUCACCGACAACGUGCAGAUGAUCAGAGACUCCCUCCCUACUGUCAGUGAAGAACAUCACAGCUGUGUGCCUCAGCAGCAGCUGGCCAAGAAGCGCCGCACACUGGGACCAGAUGAACUACAGAGGAUAGCUACAGAGGUUUGUGACACAAUCCUGGGCCAUGCAAAAGAGAGGUUUGCCUUCACCAAACACCGAAUCUGUGCUACACUGCUUCAAGGAGACAGAUUCCAGGAAUACGACAGCCAGUUCCCUGAAGCAGCGCUCAGCACCACCAUGGAGGCCUAUCCAAUGCUGAACAAGGUCUGA